AACAAUUAAACGCGCCUCUAUGGUUUUUGGUCACAACGAAUUUUUGCCAUUUUUGAAAGGUAAAACGAACUAGAAUCAUGCGAAAUAUAGAAAUUAAAGCAAGAGUAAAGAAUUUAUCGGAUUUAGUGAAUAAGAUAAACAGCAUAACAAAUUCAGGAAAAACAAUUAUUAAACAGUCAGAUAUUUUUUUCAAUCAAGAAAAAGGUAGACUUAAAUUGAGGAAAUUUGAGAGUGGUGAUGCCGAACUUAUUUAUUAUGAGCGUCCUGAUAUCGAGGGACCAAAGCUUUCGUCAUUUGAGAAAUGCGACUUGAAAUUUGAAUGUGUUGAUGGGCUUAUCAAGGUGUUAACUACUGCAAUGGGAGUAAAGGGAGUUGUUAAAAAAGAAAGACAUUUGUAUAUAAUUGAUCAAACUCGUAUCCAUAUUGAUCAAGUUGAAGGUUUAGGAACAUUCAUCGAAUUAGAGGUGGUUUUGAGGGAAGAUCAAACUGUAGAAGAUGGUAGUGUAAUUGCCAAAGAUUUAAUGCAGAAACUAAAUAUACAAGAGGAAGAUUUGCUAAAUAAAGCAUACAUUGAUUUGCUGUUAACAUAAUCAUUCAUGAAUUAUUAUCUAGGUAGUUUUUUAAACUGCUUUUUUUUGUACAAACAUUAUUAUAAAUGAGAAACAGAUAUUUUUAUUUUAAAAAAGUUC